UAUUUACUUCACUCUCCAUAUAAACCAUUCCAUAUUCCUCACUACUUCCUCACUCCACAGACACCACUUCACUUCUCUCAAUCCAUCUCUCUUUGUUCUAAGAAAUGAUGAAGAAAAUAAGCAAUGUCUCCUUUUCCAUGCUUGUUCUGCUUAUAGGUCUUCUUUCUCAGCACCUUGUGAUUCAGGCAAUCUCCAACACUGCUGGAGAUCAGAAGAACUUCAAAAUUCCAGAUCCACAUUCAGGAAAUCCUCCUACAGGUUUCACUGAUUCUCUAUGUCCACAUAAGAAUUCUCCUUCAUCUCAUAGCUCACCACCAUCACAUGGAAGCUCCUCACCACCAUCCCAUGGCGGAAGCUCAUCUCCACCGUCACAUGGAGGAGGUUAUUAUACUCCAACACCAUCAACACCUUCAGGUGGAUGUGGAACAUCACCAUCACAUGAUCCUUCUACACCAUCAACACCAUCACAUAAUCCAACAACACCAUCAAACCCUCCCUCAAGUGGUGGAUACUAUACCUCCCCACCACCAUCAACUAGCAACCCUCCAAUUGAUCCACCAAUCACUUUGACACCACCAUCUCCAUCCACACCAAUUGACCCUGGCACUCCUACUAUCCCUUCACCACCUUUCCUUCCUUUCACUUCUCCCUUCACUGGCACAUGCAACUACUGGAGGACACAUCCCCAAAUCAUAUUGGGAAUUCUAGGUUGGUGGGGAAAUGUGGGGCAUGCAUUUGGUGUGACCAGUCUUCCAGGUUUUAGUCCUGGAUUAACCUUACCACAAGCACUUUCCAACACAAGAACUGAUGGAUUAGGAGAACUCUACAGAGAAGGCACUGCUUCCUUCCUCAACUCCUUGGUGAACCACAAAUUCCCUUACACAACUGACCAAGUUAGGGAAAGGUUUGCAUCAUCACUUCACUCCAACAAGGCUGCUGCAACACAAGCUCAUCUUUUCAAGAUGGCAAAUGAAGGGAAAAUCAAGCCUUGAUCACCAUGAAGUUGAUCAUAAUCUUAAUCCAAUUUAAUUAGUUUGUUUGAUUUGGUGUGUCAAUUUAUUAUUGAGUUAUUAAGAACAUUAAAUUAGUUUGUGUCUUGUUUCAAUUAUGAGUCUCAUAUGAGUUGAUUUAUUAUGUUGAGAUGGAUAUCAUGUUUCUUUACAAUUUAAAUUUAAUGAAAGUUUUAUGGUUUUACUA